CCAUGUGGAUGGCUUUAGAAUGAACAAACUGGCAUUCGGACUGCAGUGAGCGUCAUUCCAGUCGGGAGUGCAAAACAAACUAACGUGCUGGACAGUGCUGAGCUGCCCGCUACUGUAAAACAUGAGCCUCGUGCUUCACGAGCUGCUGCUGUGCUGCCGCGGGCUGGAAAAUGAGAAGGCCACGGAGAGGAAGAAAGAAGUGGAUCGAUUCAGGCGCCUCAUCCGAACGCCCGAAACCGUGGAGGAACUGGAUCGCAUCUCAGGAAACAGAGCUUCCAAAGGCUCAAAGCAACUUACCUGGGAUGCCGUUUUCAGGUUUCUGCAGCGAUACCUCCACAAGGAAACGGAGUUGCUGCAGUCGGGGAAAGCCAACGUGUCGGCCACCACGCAAGCCAACCGCCAUAAAAAGAUGCAGGAGAUCAGUAGCCUCGUCAAGUACUUCAUCCGCUGCGCAAACAAGCGGGGCCCCCGGCUGAAGUGUGCAGAACUUCUCUCCCACGUUGUGGACGUCCUCAGCGGCUCGUUCAGCUGCAGUGCCUAUGGUGAAGACUACAGUAGCAUCCUGCUGAGAGAUAUCCUGUCCGUCCGCAAGUACUGGUGUGAGAUCACGCUGCAGCAGUGGCACGACCUGUUGGAUCUGUACUGCAGCCUCUUCACCAGCGCCUCUAGGGCCAUCAACCGCGUGCUUCUGAGCCGGAUCAUCCACACCGUGGUACAGGGCUGCUGCCUCCAGACAGAGGGGCUCACCCACACACUCUUUAGCUUCUUCUCCCGUGCCCUGAUCAAUGCCAGGCAGGAGAGGCACCUGGCCGUGCUGGAGCACCUGGUCUCUGCCCUGAACAUCUUCUUGAGGGCUUCGGCCAUGAACUGCCGAGUGCAGGUGUGUCGUCUGGGGGAGGAACUUCUCCCAUCCAUCCUCUACGUCUGGGCACAGAUGCGGCCCAGCCCCACCCUCAAGGAGGAGAUUGUCGAGUUCUUCAACUUGCAGCUGCGUGCCCACCACCCCAAAGGGGCAAAGACGCAGGCCACAGGUGCCCAUGCCGAGGACUGGGCAAAGUGGCAGAGGCUCCAGUACAACCUCUACGACGCCCUGGUGAGUGAGAUCAGCCAGAUCGGAAGCCGGGGGAAGUAUGUGACGGGCUCACGCCACAUUGCCGUCAAGGAGAACCUGAUAGAGCUCACUGCGGACAUCUGUCACCAGCUCUUCAGUCAAGACACGCAGGUGCUGGACGUGACUCAGGCCCAUCUGAGGGGGGCACCACAAGACAGCCUACAGGGGACCCCCAGCAAGCGCAGGCGGAUUGAGCUGGGGUGGGAGGUCAUUCGAGACCGCCUGCAGCCAUGCCAGAGCGACUUCGACAUCAUACCAUGGUUGCAGAUCACCUCUGUUCUGGCGUCUAAAUAUCCGGCCAUGCUCCAGGGGCCAGAGCUGGUGCCUCUCUUGUCGGUGCUGUGCCAGCUGCUGACAGAGCAGAGGAGGGGUGAGAGGGGGCCCUAUGUGCUGAGGUGCCUGCAGGAGGUGGCCCGCUGCCAAGCCCUGAGCCCCGAGCUCAGUCGUGCCCACGUGCCGGAGCUGCGGAAGCUCUGGAUGCGUCUGUGGGGCCUGGCCGUACGUGGGGUCAGCUCCCCACAGACUGAGGCCUUCAGCCUGGACCUUCUGUGUACCAUCCUCCAGGGGGCACUGAUUCCAAUCGACAGGGACUUCUGGAGGCUCUUCUCUGGGUCGACCUGCAAGCCCUCCAGCGCAGCUGCUCUGUGCCUGUCCCAGGUCCUGCUGAAGUGCACUAUUCCCAAAACCCUGGAGAGCACCCUGGACUGGGCAGUGGGUGCGGGGCCAGGGGAAGCAGGUGAGCAGCCCAGCCUGAAGGAGGCCAUCGUCGGCUGGCUGCUGAUGAACGAGCAGGGAGAGGAGAUGGACGAGAGCUCCAAACCGCACCUCAUCCUCUGCAGGGAUUUUCCAUACCUCCUGGUUCCCAAAAUCCUGGUUUCUUUGAUGCUGAAAGACACUAGGGCUGGCAUGCUGUUUCUGCAAGGUUUGCUACCCCCAGAGAGCCUCCUACCAAGAGAAGGCCCCCUAUCAGAGGCUAAGGAUGCCCUCUCUGAAAUUGAAGACCUGUACCUGCAAUUCACCUUUGACGAUAGACCUCCCUACUCCUCGGCGAAAGAGGAGGGGGUGGUGAUGCCUCCUGUGGAUACACGGUUCACAGUUGUGCAGGCACUGAGGGACUGCGUGGAGCAGAACCUCCUCUCUGUGGCUGACCACUUGCUCAGCUGCUACUCUCCUGAUUCUCAGACAACGCCUCCAGAGUGUCUGGUCCGUGGUGCCAGCCUCCUCACCAGCGUUUUGGCAGGGUAUGUGAAUGCUGGACUUCUCACCGAAGAAGAGGCUUGCAAGUCCCCACUCUUCCAAAAAGCCAAGUGUUUGGCCCAGCUGAUCAGUGAGUAUGUCUCCACGGUGAAGAGCAAGACAGCGGAGGACUCAGCACUUUCUGUGCUGAGGGGCGUCAUGCAGCUGUGUGUGAUCUGCAUCCACAGAGGGACCAAGGAGAGCAUUAAUUUGACCUCCUGUAACCUCUUCUUGAGAGUUCUGCCAUCCAGAUUGCUGAGUGAGCUGUCCGAAAUUGGCAAAGUCAUGCUGGUAAACUCCUGCAAACGAGGCAGCAUGGUGGUGGAGGACAACCACAUGGAGGAAGACCUAGACAUGACGAGGACGCAGGCAGACAACCAGGAGGAAGUCGACCUUUUUGAUGACGGCACCGAGGGACAGGCCAGCGCCAGCAGAGACAGGCAACAGAAUGCUGACAAUAGCGACACUCUGUCUGGCACAGCCAUCAGGAGCACAUUGUCCGAGGAGCUCUUGGCCAAGCAGGAUGUGGCCCUCCUGUCAGUGUUGGAGUUCCUCUGUCUGUGUGGCUGCUCAGACUUCGUCCACGGGCUGUCCUUCAAACCCACCGAUGUCCGGAGGCGGCUGCUGCUCCUCAUCGACCACAUUGACUGUGCCAAGCCGCUGAACCUGCGCCUGUACCUCACCCUGCUGAAGAAGCUACCUGCAGGGGACAUGUGUUUGACAGCAGAAGAGUUCGACUCUCUCUUGAGUCCCCUGGCGGAUUUGUGCUCCCUGUACCGACAAGACCAGGAAGUCUGUGCCGCCAUCCUGAUGGGCCUGCUCCCCUCCAUUCGCGGGCUGGGCGGAGCCCAGGAGCAGGACUCGAACCCAGCCGAAGACCUGACACAUGUGCGGGGUGUGCUGCUCAAAGUGAUCUCCGGCUUCUGCAUCCUCGGCAGGACGGGAAAAUGUACAGCUUCCGUGAGGGCGGCCUUGGUGCAUUGUCUGGUGGCUCUUCUGGAGGUGGACCCACGCUGCAAGUGGGCGGUCCUCACGCUGCGAGAGGAUGAGCUCCCAGCAUCUGUGGUCCUGCCCUGCCACCUGGCUGAUGCCCACCACCAUGUCCGCAUGCUGGCUGCCAUGAUGGUUGACAGACUAUUCCAGGAGAUGACUCCAAAUGGCACAGAGAAGACGACUAAGAGGAAAAGGAAGAUGCUUUCCCUCAGGGCUCAGCAGACAGCUUUCGAGAAUGUCUACCUGAAAGCUCAGGAGGGCAUGGUGGUCCAGAGAGGCAGUGUGACGGAGGAUCACCAGGAUGAGAUAUCCAACCGCAGGGCCACGCUGCUGAAGGCCAUCUCUGUGGUGAUGUGCUGCAGCCCUGUCUGCGAGAAGCAGGCCCUCUUUGCCCUCUUCCAGUCCUACAGGGAGAAUGACAUUGACCUGCAGCUCAUUAAGAAGGUUCUGGAGAGUGUGUCCAGGACGCUGAGCUACAGGAGUGCAGUGAGCUUUGUGACCUCUCACCUGCACUACCUGGUCACUGAGUGGCUGCGCCAGUACUCCCUGGAGUCCUUCCCCUACACUCUGCUGAGCCAUGCCUCAAUCCAGGACUUCUACAGGUCAUCAUACCACGUCCUCGUCCCACACCUGGUGUACCUGGACAGCUUUGAGCAGGUGAAGGCCAUGGGAGCACAACUAGGCAGGGACUGGAAGCAACUUCUGGCAGACUGCUUCCCCAAGAUCAUGGUGAACAUCCUGCCCUACUUCACUUUGUCUGGCCAGGACACCCUGGUGGCUCAGCAGAGGGAGAAAGCCCACAGGGUGUAUGACUUGCUGAAGGACAGCAGCUGCCUGGGCAAGCAGCAAAUCGACAGCCUGAUUCACAGCAACCUGCCAGACAUCGUGGUGGAGCUGUUGAUGACGCUGUAUGAGGAGGCUGGGCAAAGAGAGGAGUCUGGAGACCUGGGCCAGUUUAUUGGGGAACUGGAUCCAGCUCCUAACCCACCUUACUUCAGUUCUCAUGUGAUCAAAGCCACCCUGGACUACCUCAGCAAAUGUCACAGCACCAACCUCAAGUCUAUAGUGGCCAUUCUCUCCAAAACCCCAAUCUCCAUCCAGAGGAUCCUGCUGGCAGUCUGCCAGAAGGUGGCCGAGACGGCCAAUGCAUACGAGCGGCACCGCAUCCUGCUCAUGUACCACCUGUUCAUCAGCCUCCUGCUGCAGGAAGUGCAGGAGGGGCUGGGCGGAGCUUGGGCCUUUGUCCUGAGGGACGUCAUCUACACGCUCAUCCACCACAUCAGCAGCAGCCCGGUGCAGCUAGAUGAGGUGUCUGCCCGCAGCCUGUACCUCUGCCUGGACCUGCUGGACUCUGUGUGCCGGAUGGCCGUGCGAUUCUGCGAGGACGCACUGGAGGGCCACCUGCAGGUUAUUGUUGGCACACUUACUGCGCACGUGACUGACCAACCAGCCGUAUCGCAGCAGGUUCUUGGUUUGCUAAACUUCCUGGUUGUUGAGAAUCAGGACAACAGGUAUCUGAAGAGGGCCAUCCAGCUGCUGGAGCCCCUCCCAGACCACCCAGCCUUCAAACAGCUACGGGAAGCUCAGCACAUACUCAAAUACAGCAUGGGUCAUUUCACUCUUAGAGAGGAGAUUGACCACUUCCUUUCAGUGUUGUCCUGCAACUCGCUGCCCCUCACACGGCUGGAGGGGCUGAAGGACCUGCGGAGGCAGCUGCGGAUGCACAAGGAGCAGAUCAGACAGCUGCUGAAGGAGUGUCAAGCUGACCCUGCGGAGAGCGUGCUGGUGAAGUUGGUCCUGAACCUCCUGCAGCUCUGCAAGCUGGCAGCCAGUCACCCAGGAGGGAGAGACAUUUUGGUGGCUGCUGGGAGCUGCUUGGGAGAGCUGGGGCCAGUGGACUUCUCCACCAUCGCGCUGCCUCAUGGGAAAGACCAGGUCUACGCCCGAGCAGCAGAGCUCUUCUCAGAUAUCGAGCUGCAGUGGACCUUUAUUCUCUUGAACUGCAUGAACAGUGCACUGACUCACCACUGUGUCCUGGUGAGGCAAGUGUCUGCCCAGUGCCUGAGAGGCAUCCUGGCCACUCAGUCAGGGCUCGACUUCUGGGAGGCAUACAAGCAAAGCCGGGACCCCAUGCUGGUCUACUUCAGUCCUUUCAGAUCAGCUAAAAAGAAGGCCCUGGAGGUAAGUGUGGAGCCCAGGGCAGGCUCUAGGGAGCUGCUGGAGAGCGCAGAGCUGUGGGUGCCACAGCGGGGCCAGCAUAAGGAGUGGCUGAAGACCCUGUGCGUGGCGCUCCUGGACAGUAGGGGGGUGAGGCACGAGGCCUUGCUACUGUGUCGACCCCUGUGUCAGGUGAAAACGGACUUCUGCCAGAAAGUGCUGCCCCUCUUACUCCACGACAUCCUCCUGCAUGACAGGGACGGCACCUGGAGGGCCCUGCUGUCUGACCGCAUCCGAGACUUCUUCACCUGCUGCUCCAGGAGCGCCUCCACCUGCAGCCGAUCCACCACGCCACUCCUGCCAGAUUCCGCAGCAGAGACAGAUACUGGGAGCCAGGGCCUGCCUGAUACCUCCUCCCUACGCACCAUGCUCUCCGCCAUUGACUACUUGAGACAGCAGCCGAGGCCUUUAGAGCUGGACAGCUCCACGUGUGGGACCAUCUGUCACUCGAACUUCUGGCUGGAGCUGAACUACUUGGAGGUGGCCUGUGCCGCCCAGAGCUGCUCUGCCCACUUCACUGCCCUGCUGUAUGCCGAGAUUUACGUGGACAAGAUCAAGACAGGCCUAGAAGAGAGCCGCAGCUCCCAGCCCAGAACAUCCCGGAGAAUCAUGUUCAAGGAGGGGACCCAGAACUUCACCAUCGCCAGUUUGACAGAGAAGAGUGUAGAGGACACAGGAAUUAGCCUGCAGGACCUGCUGAUUGAGGUGUACAGAAGUAUUGGGGAGCCAGACAGCCUGUAUGGAUGUGUAGUGGGAAAGAUGAUUAGCCCAUUGACCAGGAUCAGAACGUAUGAACAUGAGAGCCUGUGGGGGAGGGCUCUGACGACCUAUGACCUUCACGCCACUCUCCCAGAGGUCGCACGGCAAGUGGGGAUCGUAGAGUCCCUGCAGAAUUUUGGCCUGUGCAGCACCCUGCUGACCUAUCUGCGCGGGCUGGAGGCCGAGGGGGCCGAGUGGGGGGCGGAGCUGCGGGAGCUGCGAUUCCAGGCUGCCUGGAGGAACACGCAGUGGGACUGCCAUCUGUCUGAGAGGAGUGAGAAAGUGAAGCCUGGCUUCAAUGAGUCCCUCUUCUGUGCCCUGCUGGCUCUGAGAGAUAAAGAAUCCUCUGUGUUUGAGCAAACCCUGAAAAAUGCCAGGAUCUGUGCAGUGGAGGAUCUGUGCAGGGGCAGUCUGGAGGCCGUGUCAUCCCUGUACCCCACUCUCUGUAACCUGCAGAGGGUUAGUGAGCUGGAGAGUGUGGGUCAGCUCUGCUCCAGCGCACUGACAGACCUGGGCCUGAUGGGGCUCUACAGCAGCUGGCAGCAGCACUCUGCCCUGCUGGCCACCAGUGACUUCAGCCUGGUGGAGCCCAUCCUGGCCCUUCGCAUAGCUGUGCAGGAGACCCUGAUUGCAUGCGAGCCAGAUGCUGACAUGAGGGCCUACCUGCACUCUGCCCUGAAGUUGCACCUGCUGGAGUUGUGCAAGCUGGCCAGGAGGGCCGGGAACACGCAGCUGGCGGAGAGGGCAGCUUUUCAGAUGAAGUGGCACGGCAAUGCGGGAGACGGCAUCGCCACACUGCCGUGGCAACUAGAGGAGGCCCAGGUGUUCUGGGUGAAGCAGGAGCAGGGCCUGGCAUUGGAUAUCCUUGGACAGAUGAUCGAGACGCUCAACAACCAGGUGCUGUUUAACCCUGGCCUGGUGUCCCUGUAUGCUGAGUGCUUGAGGCUGUGUGGAAACUGGCUGGGGGAAACGUGCCUGGAGAGCCCGGGAGUCAUCCUGGAGAAAUAUCUGGAAAAGGCGGUAGACGUGAUUGAGAACCACACAGGGAGCGCAGACGCCCGGCUGCUGACCCAGAAGACGGAGGCCUACCUGUCCCUCGCCCGCUUCUCUGAUGCCCAGUACCAGAGCAUUGAAAACUACAUGAAGUCGACCGAGUUUGAGAACAAGCAGGCCCUGCUGGAGAAGGCCAAGGAGGAGGUGGACCUCAUGAGGGAACACAAGGUCAACAACAACAGGUACACGGUGAAGGUGCAGAGGGAGCUGGAGCUGGACGAGAGGGCGCUGGCCAACCUGCAAGCUGACCGCCGUCGCUUCCUGUGCAAGGCUGUGCAGAACUACAUUCUGUGUCUGGAGCUGGGCGAGGAGCAGGACAUCUGGGUGUUCCGGCUGGCCUCGCUGUGGCUGGAGAACGCCGAUGACAGGAGUGUCAACGACAUGAUGAAGGGUGGUGUGAAGAACAUCCCAUCCUACAAGUUCCUGCCCCUGAUGUAUCAGCUGGCUGCCCGUAUGGGCACCAAGAUGUCUGGGGGCGCAACCGAGGAGGGCGGGUUCCAGGGUGUCCUCAACAAGCUGAUCUGUCGGGCAUCGCUGGAACACCCCCACCACACCCUGUUUAUCAUCCUGGCACUGGUGAACGCCAACAAGGAUGAGAGCUUCACUCGCAGCAGGCUGACUAAGAACGCCCCCAGACAGCCGUCCCAACUGGACCGGGAGCGUUCUGAGGUGGCCCUCAAGAUCAUCAAUGUGAUCAGGCAGCAGAAGGCGCAGAUGGUGCGAGGCCUUGAGCGUCUCUGUAAUGCCUACAUCACCCUGGCCUACGUGGACGCCAGUCGGCACAAGAAUGAGAAGAAAGCCAUCUUGAUUCCAUCCGACCAGCCCAUUAUGCAAAUUAAGGAACUGGAAGAUGUUGUAAUCCCCACAAUGGAGGUCAAGGUGGACCCCUCCGGAAAGUACGACAGCCUGGUGACCAUCAAUGCCUUCAAGCCUCAUUUCCACCUGGCUGGAGGGGUCAACCUCCCGAAGAUCAUCGACUGCAUUGGCUCGGAUGGGAAGAGCAGGCGGCAGCUUGUCAAGGGCCAAGAUGACCUGAGGCAGGAUGCAGUCAUGCAGCAGGUAUUCCAGAUGUGCUCCAUGCUCCUGCAGCGCAACGCAGAGACCAGGAAGAGGAAGCUGAACAUUCGCCGUUACAAGGUGGUGCCCUUUUCCCAGCGCAGCGGGGUGCUGGAGUGGUGCACCGGGACUGUGCCCAUCGGGGAGUUCCUUGUUGACGCCAAGAAUGGUGCCCACCAGCGUUUCCACCCCAACGACUGGACCAACCUGGCCUGUCGGAGGAAAAUGAUGGAAUCGCAGAAGCUGACCCCAGAUGGAAAGGUCCAGGCCUUUAACGAGGUGUGUCAAAACUUCCGGCCUGUCUUCCGCUACUUCUGCAUGGAGCGCUUCCUGGACCCUGCUGUGUGGAUGGAGAAACGACUGGCCUACACCCGUAGUGUGGCCACCUCCUCUAUAGUGGGUUACAUUGUUGGACUUGGUGAUCGACACAUACAGAAUAUCCUGAUUGAUGAGCAGACAGCUGAACUGGUGCAUAUCGAUUUGGGUGUGGCCUUUGAGCAGGGUAAGAUUUUGCCCACCCCAGAGACAGUGCCCUUCAGGUUGUCCCGGGACAUUGUGGAUGGAAUGGGUAUCUCUGGCGUGGAGGGCGUUUUCAGAAGGUGA